UUUCCGUAGAUUAGGGUGAUCAAAAUUAAAAGCAAGGAUGGCGGAGAUCGUCGUCAGCAUUCAGGCGUAUUGUAAAAUACUUCUUCACGCUGUGAAACAUCCACAUUGUGCUGUGAAUGGAGUGUUACUAGCAGAAGAUAGUAAAUCAAAAGACCGCAAAGUUUUGAAAUUCGUCGACUGUGUCCCUUUAUUUCAUUUAACCCUCAGUCUUGCACCCAUGCUUGAAGCAGCAUUGCUGCAGAUUGAUGCAUAUUGUAAAAGCAGGGGCUAUGUCAUUGCUGGUUACUAUCAAGCCAAUGAAAAUAUUAGGGACAAAGAAUUGAAUAAUGUGGCCAGAACAAUAGGAAGAAGAAUUCAAGAAAGUUGUCCAGAUUCACAUAUAUUUAUGGUUGAUAAUGAAAGACUUUAUCCAGAAUCUGUCUCAGAGUUGUACAGAAUUUAUUCACCAAAGGAAAAUUCAUGGAAACAAGAAGAAAAUAAAGUGACAGUGACAGAGGAGACGUUAAGGACAGCAGCCAUGUUGUUGUCAUCACAGUCAUUUAGGGAGGUAGAUGUGGUGGACUUUGAUAAUCAUUUCAAUGACAUCACUCAGGACUGGCGAAAUCUCCAAAUUAACCAAAUGUUAGAGAAGUGUACUUGAUGACUGUGGCAGUUAGCCUUUUGUAUAGGACAUUGUUACAGAACAAGAUAGGAUACCAAAAGUGGACCUGCUCAUAGCAAAGAUGGUGCAAGACUUCGUGCCAGGUUUCGGUGGAAAAUGGAGAAACUUGGUGAAUUUAAAUAAUGAAUAAAUUAAUGUUUAUUUUUCAUAUUUUAAAAGUGUUGUAGUGUUAUAACCAUCAAAAUUGACCUUUAUGUAGAGUUAUUACACAACUAGAAGUGGUUGUAAAAAGAAACCCCCUUUUUUGUAUGUACCCCUGUAUCUUUGUCAGAUGAUAAGAUGAACAAAUGCAGACCAAAGUCUCCAUACUGUCAUGUACAUGUUUAUUAUAUAUGGGGCAUUUUUAAACUGAAAAAUAAGGUGCUUAAGUCAUGAUUUUGUGUAAAUUCAUGUUAGGGUGUAAAUACAUGCAUUUUUUCCGCCAUUUUAGCAUUAAAGGAAAGCUCAUCAUCUGAAAGAAAAUCCCUCUUAGAUUUCUGACGAGGCUUUUGCUAGAUUAGAUUCCCUCUCCCACCUUUGAAAACUGUUCUGUUGUAUUGCUGAAUAGCAUUUAAAUUUGAAUCAAAUAUAUAUUUAUCUUGUAAAGAUCACUGAUCCCCAAACAAGCUUUACUUCCUUUGCAUGGCCAUAACCAUUUUCAAUUUGACACAAUGGGUUUGUUGAUUGUGAUCAAUUUCUCAUUGUAUCCAAAGCGUCACUUGUAAAAAUGUUUCAUUAAACUAUUGUAAUCAGAUUUAAAAACUUAGAAUUACCUGUAAUUGUAGAGCAAAUGUGUUGCUCCAUAUAGAAUAAUGUUACCUUUUUCUUAAGACAUUAUUCAUACUUCCCUACACAGGACCUUUGUUAUUUUAGUUCAUGUACAUGUACUUAUGUAUUAGAAUUUUUUAAAGAGGUUUAUAUAUUUUACACAUUUUCACACACCCCGCUACCUAAAGAUCUACCAUUCAAAACACUGAAUUCCAUUCAACCUUACAUACUGUAUACAUGUUCAUACUGAUGUGUAUACAAUAUACAUUUAAAAGAUUUACUGAUACAGUUGAACUUCGGUAUCUCGAACACUGAUAUCUCAAACAUCAUGGAUAUGUCGUAUUGAGUAGUUUCUCUCUCUGUCCCAUUGAGUUUGAGAUGACAAGGUUUGACUGUAUUUAAACCAUAGUCAUCAUUUCCACUUCUUUUGACCCACAGAUUGUACUUACAUGUACGAUAUUGAAGUCUUUGAUUUUAUCACAAAAUAUUAUCUAAUCCCCGUUCAAUGGUGAUCAAUUUUACACCCCCUUGUCCACCUCAUGUUAAAUCCACAUUACAACUAAAUCCCCAUCACCCACAAAAUGUGUAUAUGCAGUUUGUUGUCUUCUUCAGUUUGCUCUCUUCAAGUGAGAAUAAAUUGGACAAAACUGUAAAAAGAAAACCAUGAACAUAGUGAUAAGACAGACUAUGAUAAUAACACUUGUGGCAUUAAAAAAUCUGUUCAGAAUGAAAUGUUGAUGGUUAUGGUGGCCUAAAUUCUGAUGACUGCUAUUCUGUUGUACCUCUUUGCUCAUGUGAAGCAUUACUUUACCAUUACUUUAGAUGACGGGUGUGAUUUAUGUUUAUGUGUGGUUAUCACUGCCCUGUUAUAUUGAACCUAGUCAAUAUCUCUGCUUAUGUUUCCCAAUUACAAGAAAUAAAUAUUUGUUACUCAGGAGGCAUGUAAAAAAUUUUUGUUUUUUCCAUAUUUUUAAUAUUUUGAUGUUUAAGUACUAGCUAAUUUGAAGAUAGUUAUGAUAAUUUUGAAAUAUAUAUCAUAUGUUCUCUGCAUAGAAGCUAUAGUGUAUGGCCAAAGUGAUGAAGCAUUUGGAAGUAGUCAUUACACCCAAUGUAUGAACAUUUGUUACUAAUAUGAACGUGUGUGACUGCAAGUACAAAUAUAUGUAGCAGCAAAUAAUUUAUUUACAACGUUAAGCAUGUCCAACAUUCCUAGUUAUAAAAAAUAAUGUAGUACAAAGCAUUUAUGUAUUUUAUUCCUUGUCACUGUAUUAAAGUAUGUUGUAGAUUUUCAUUUUUGUAUGUAAAGUAGUGUGCCCUAAAUUUAAAUUUUAGGUCUGGAUAGCAUGGGGGA